AAGCCGCCAGUGCGGCGUCACAUUUUUUUUUUUCUCCGAACACAGGUAUGUGCGCUGCGGCUUUGCCGCUCGGCACUGGUCAGCGCUGUCAAAGGCGUUCGUGCGGGCGAUAAUACUGCUCUCACGCUCUUGCGAUCAAUUGUUCUAUUUAUAAUUCCGCGGACGAGCGUCGGUGACCUGCACGCCAGUGUCUCUCACGCACAGUAAUAACAUCUCUGCCCCUUAUACAGUUUAGAAGCUUACAAAAAUGAGCAAGAAAACGGCGCAGGUCGGCACGUCAGCCAGUUUCACUACGCAGUCGUUCGAGCUGACAGCAGUCGCGCCGUGACCGCUUUACGAAGACAUGCCGUUCGCGCCGCUUAGUUCUAUUAUGGAGCCUAGGACGGUGAAAUUUUCCUAUACUAUGAGGAAAAUGGCAGAAUCAAAAACAGCAAAAUCCUUUGUAGACGGGCAUAUCGGCGACACUGAAGAACAGAAAUCAGCCGUUCGAAAGCGCAAUCUCCUGGUCUUGAUCCUACACUACCUUCAACACCAAGGGCUGAUGACAACUGCAGAAAGCCUCAAGACUGAAUCGACACUGAAACUUGACGAAUAUCUUCUCUGUGAUAAUGUUGACCUGGAGCUAAUACUUCAAGAGUAUGAAACAUUCCAGUUCGUCAAGUUCAGAAAACAGCCACAUAUCACCCGUAAACUAGAAGAGAGUGGCACACAGAAACAUUCAAAGUCAUCACGAGGACAUUCUACACAGGGACAGUCAACUCAAACAUCUAGCAAUGGAAGUGGGUCCUUUUGCAGCACAUUUCGGAUACGGGGCCUUCAUCGAGCAAGUAGUGACGAGAAGCACAAAUCUGAUUCACAGCUCUCUAAAGGAAAGCUUGAAAACACCUUUCGACCAGAAAACAUCACCAUUGACAGGCGCCUUGGAAUACAGAUCUGUACACCUGGAGUGCCCCAGCUAAAGCUGCCGCAGGCCAUGGGUGCCACUUUGGGGAGUGAGUGGUUUAACUUGGUCGACAUCAUCUCAAAGGAUGUCUAUGUGGACAGUCCAAACGUCCACUGGAAUGACAUUGUUGGCCUUGAGUCAGCAAAGCGGCUUAUCAAAGAAGCUCUAAUCUACCCAAUGAAGUAUCCAGACAUCUUUUCUGGAAUAAUGGGUCCAUGGAAAGGACUUCUGCUGUUUGGACCACCAGGCACUGGAAAGACACUCCUUGCAAAAGCCGUUGCAACAGAAUGCAAGACAACAUUCUUCAAUAUCACCGCUUCAACACUAGUCAGCAAAUGGCGAGGCGAGUCUGAAAAGCUAGUCAGGGUGCUGUUCGAACUGGCUCGUCACAACUCGCCUGCGACCAUAUUUCUGGACGAGCUUGAUGCACUGGUUGGGGCUAAAGGUGCACUAGGAAACAGUGAGAAUGAGGCCAGUCGUCGCAUGAAAAGUGAGCUUCUGAUACAGAUGGAUGGUCUCAGCAACUCUAAGGAUCAUGUCUUUGUGUUGGCCACUUCUAAUUCACCAUGGGAUCUGGACCAUGCUGUUCUUCGACGCCUGGAAAAACGUAUCUUGGUGCCUCUGCCAGGCAAGGAGGCCCGCACCUUUCUUUUCCACAAGUUCCUUGAAGGCAGCCAGAGUGCUAAGAGCGGUGGUCGCCGAGAGAGUUGCUUCGUGGCUGCUGACAUUGACUACAACCUCGUCAGUGAGGCAUCAGAGGGUUAUUCAGGAUCAGACAUCAAGAUAGCCUGCAAAGAAGCAGUGAUGAGGUCGCUCCGCCAAGCACUGGAAGCUGCUGAAUGCUGUGAUAAUGAGGCAGAUGGAACUGACCGCAUCAUCCCUGAGCCAGUGUCUACGCAGGACAUCUUGGAUGCCAUCAAGCAGACCAAGCCCACUGGCAAAGCGCUCGCAGCAAAGUUUGAAACCUGGCACCAAGAGUUUGGCUCGUCGCUUUCAUAAUGCAUUCUCGUGUAAUUUUCGCAUAGGCUGCAUAGCCCACAGCCAGAGCAGGCGACUGCGUAUGUUUAUAGCGUGCUUACGAUUGUAGCCAUAGAGUUCCCUAUAAAAAUUACUAGAGAGGAAUCUUGCACUAACCUCUACAAGGGCUGCAUGUAUGGUGAUUUACACAGCAUGCGAAUGAUGGUUAGUACAUGAAUUCAUGAAUUGGCCUGAACUUCAUCCUUCUGGACUCAAAUAGGGGGCUUUGCGACUUUUGCAAAUUGUUAAUUUUCAACGAAAUCUUGCAUUAUGAAUGCAACAAUUUGCAGUGAUUAUGCAUGUGUGCGGAGACCUAUUGCAUUCCUGUGUUUAGAAAACUAUGAAUGCUUGGAAGUGAAAAUGAAGCAUAAUAAGUAAUGCAACAAGAACUUGUCUGAAACCACAAGCACGAAGAUUAGACAAAUCCAUGUACUACCUGCGAUUCCUGUGGUAGCUGAAUGAUUACAGUGCCAGAGUUCCCUCUAGUAAUUUUAUUAGGAAACUAUGGCUGCAGUGCCAUUAAAGCCCAUGAAAAAAAAAAAAAAGUGGAACACCAACAAAAGAAAGAGCAUGUUUGGUUGGUGCACAUGAAUUGCAGAGGACAUUUUUACAACCAUGAUAAGAAUCUUUGUGACCUACGCAACAAAGUGUAAAGCAUGACCUACGCAACAGUCUUUAAGCCAGGGUACUGUGUAGCAAAAACUGCCAUGCACACGCGAGGACUUGAAAUUCUUUCAUUGCAUGCCUCAUUGGCUGUUACUAGUCAUGUAGCAUUUUGUCCUGCAGCUUCAGCAUUGUGCAGCUUUAACCCAUCAUAAUGUGAUGCUGUCAAACCUUUAGUUGAGCUGUGCUAAUGUACUGUCAUGUGCAAUAUGAGCUGCGAAGCACGAGCUCUGCCAUGGCUGCAGUGAUGCUCUCAAGAAAAAAAGUGGAAAGGGUGUCGUCAUUGAGCAGUGCGCUUCCCCCUGCUUUUCAUCGUCUGCUUUCUUCGUGGAGCGAUAAUACACUGGCCAAUUGAGCAGCUAUAGCUCCUUCGUAAAUUUAAAGAAAAAUAAAAAAGUUAUGAAGCUAGGGCAGCGUGCACCAUGACGAAGCAUGCUGUGCUAAGGACUUUCGGUGUGCUUUGCGGGCCACUGUAUUAUUGCUCCGCAAAGAAAGCAGACAGCGUAAAGCACGGGGGUAUGCACAUUUCUGUAAUGGCGAAACCGUCUCCAAUUUUUUUUUUUUUUUUCGAGAGUGCAGCUGCGGCCAUGGCUCGCAUGUUGCAGCUCAUAUUGAGUGCGAAAGUACAUCUGUGAUGAUCCAAUCACUGACAGUCAAAAUUGAGUCACUGCUGUGGCUGAGUUGAGAGCUGUUUAACAUUCUAAUCUUUAACGAUGAUCUCUGUCUGCUACUGACACAUAAUUAAAAUGAGACACUUGGCAAUUUUUAGGCCUAGGAAAUGCAUUUAUUAAGUGCAUUUAGACACAGCACACCAUGAAUCAUCAUUUGGCUGAAGGGAGCUAGCUCUUUCAUCACAUUUUUACUAAGGGUAGCCAAUAGCUAAAUUUUUUUAGUAAAUAUUUAAGUAGUAUUUCUAGCUCUGAUGGGGUUAGCAGGAAUCACUUGAAGCAGUUACUAAAGGAGUACCACAUCAUGAGCUUUCCACUACGCUGGUUUCAGUAGUUUCAAUUCUGCAAUAUUUGACCUUGACCAGAUAUUAAUUCUUUCUGCAUUGCAAGAAAUGAUGAAAAUUGUAAUCCAAAAGCUUCCAUAAAUGUGGUGCACAGGCAGCCAUGCACGUGGUAUUUGACAAUUAGAAAGAGCAAAUGAUUAUACAAGAUCCUGAGUUUAAUUACAUUUUUGUAGCAAUUGGCAAACGGUUUCUCACUGAUGCUAAAGAAAAGUAAAAUCUUAACACAACUGAAAGUUGAACAUGUUGGUCGGGAUUCAUGUUACUGAAAGGCAGGCGUGCAGACACGGACACAAGAAGGAACAAAAAAGGACAAAUGCCAGAUUAAAAAAAAAAAUCGGUAAGAAAAUCUUUGUCAGAGACUGAUUAAACAUCACUGAUGCAGCUUCUGUGAGAGUUAGCCUGAAUAGACGAGUGCAAGGCUGAAGCAGGCAAUAGCGAAACCAUGCAUUGGCCGCUGAGUCACACGUGGCAGCGUGCAACUACGUACUCCUUUUGCCAACUGCUGCACCACAGCCUGCCAUGGCUGUUCAUCAUUAUUAUCAACCUAUAUUAAAUUCACUGCAUCACAAAGGCCUCCCCCAUACAUCUUCAAUUAUUCCUGUCUCAUAUCAGUUUAACCCAUCCUUAUGCCUGCAAAUUUCCCAUUCUUAUCAUUCCAUCUAAACUGCUGCUCUUGUUGACUAGUGUUAUGCCCUUCCCUUGGCAUCCACUCUGUUUUCUUUAACAGGCCACUGGUUAUCUGAUCUAUCCUUAGUUCUAGUGUUAUGCUUAUCAUUUUAUGCUGUUGAGCAUGAGGUCGCGGGUCCAAUUCCUGGCCACUGCAGCUGCAUUCUGAUGGGUGUGGAAUGCAAAAAUGCUUGUGUUUUUAGGUUUAGGUGCUCGUUAAAGAACCUCAGGUAGUCUAAAUUAAUCUGGAGCCCCAGACUAUAAUGUCCCCUCAUACCCCACUGUGCACUUUAGAGACAUUAAACCCUACUAUAUGAUAUAUGAUGUUUUGUAUAUAUUUCAUUCUGCCAAUAGCAGAGACCUUAUCUUUUUAUGAAAUUUCGUCGUUACCCUCAAAGUUUCAGCAGUUUCAUUAGUGCACAAGUUGGCAAUGUGCAUUACGUCAUUUAUGGGAGCACCUAAGUAAACUCUCAGCUCACAAGUGGUUCCCUCACUUCCAAAGAGGCUGUUACUCCAUGCCAUUGCUUCCUGGGCAAGCCAUACACUAGUCUCUCUAGUUUAACUGACAGUGUCAGUACAGCAAGGUUGCAAGAAUUUACAGCACACCUUACCUAAAAUAGUUGUCAUUUUCUAAAAUUAUACUAGCAUGAUUAUACUAGUAGGAUCUAGCAAUCCAUGUGGUCACAUAGAAAGUGCACCAGCACGUAUAGGUGUGCAUGCAGCCGGCUCAUUCUACAAAGACCAUUUCUGCCCAACAAGCAAUGUUGCAAUCCAUGUAAGUUGCAGUGGAGCAUGAACAAGCUGACUCACCAAGUGUCGCAGUCUGCUUGUGCAGGGCUUCGGACACAUAUGGAGAGGGCUCAGUAUGAACAUGUUUUCUAUAAAAACUAGCUGAUUACCAAGGUUACUUUCAAUCACCGUGGUUCAGAAAGGGUUCAAAGCUGUCUUUGUGUGUCAGUGGCAAAUAUAUGCAUUUCAGCAAGUAACAACUGAGCCAUUUACGAAGCGGUUCUUCUGAAGAAAAGCUGAACCAUAUAUAUAUUUUUUUUCCUGUAGUAUGUCACUUACAGCCAGAGUAUGUGUUAUAGUGCGCCAAAUGCCACUUGAACAAAACGGUUUUGCAUAAGCAAAGUACAAGCAUAAGUGGCUUUCAGCACAGGCAUCGGAACAGGUCAUGUCCCAAGACAGUGGGUACUAGGUGGUGGUAGGUGAAACAUGCCUGUCAUCCAAUACCUUCUAUGGCAAGUGCCACCGGUCAGUUUGGAGAAGGGUACAUAUUUUGUAUUAAUUCCUUGUCCUCAAUUCUGUCCUUUCUGCACUAUCUGCUGUGUCAUGUGGCUGAUCUUGGCAAUAAUGGCAGCACAUAAGUUAAUAAUUAAGAGCAAAAGGAGUGCAUUGUGAAAACAAUUAUCUCAAAAUCUGGGCAAAACAUUAUUUUGCUUGAUGUGCAUUUGUCUGCUGCGCAUUUGUCUGCUUAAGUUAGUCCGAGGUUGCACAUUUCACUGGUGCACUUGCACUUUGAGCAAGUUGCUGUAAACCACGGCAUACUUGAAUUGUGUGAGAAAAGUGUGACCUUGCACUCAAACGGCAAAUGGGUCACGCACUAUUGCACACAGACAAGUUGUCUAACUUGACCUGUAGAAACUGCUGCUAGGUCUCUUUUGAUUGAGUUGCAGCUGACCCGAUAGAGUUAAUGCACUGCAGCUGUCUUUGUUCACCUGCAAGGUAUGAUUAUAGUGUGCUGUAUCACAGUUUAUCAGUUAGAGCUUUUGGCCAUCCAACUCUGACCACACUGGAAAAAGUGCUGUUCAGCCCAUAGAGUUCCCUAAAAGGAUUGCGAGAAGGAGCUCGCUAGUGUCCAUGGGAAUUGCAAGCGUGGCAGUUUAUAGCCUGCAUGGGACUGAUGGGUAGUUCAUGGAUUUGCCUAAACUUAUUUCCAUUUGGCUUCAGACGGCUUUGUAAGCUUGCAAAUGGAUUGUUUGCAACAAAAUGGUGCAUUAUAAAUUCAAAAAUAGGUGAUAGGAAAGUAUGGCAGCCAUGACGUGUGUCCGGCUUCUGCAGUUGCUUCUGGCGCAUUCAGAAAGCAAGAGAAAUUGGUUUUCGUUACUCUGGGGGAGCUGUCGCUGGAGGAUCCGUUUGGAAACCACCUAUUCGCAGUGAUUAUGCAUGUGCGCAGAAGCUUAUUGCCUUUAUAGGUUUAGAAAAAUGCGAGUUCUCGGGAAGUUUAGAAAGAAAGAAUGGAACAAUUACCACCGCAAGCACGAAGAUAAGACAAAUCCAUGUACUAGCCAUCAUUUCCGUGCUAACUUAACAAUCGCAGCACCAGAGUUCCCUCCAGUAUUGUCUUUAGAAAACUGUAUGAUUGAGCUAAUCUACAUCACUCUUGGAAGCUUUAUAGCCUAAAAGUGAGGAAAAGAAAGUUCUAUUACAUGGUAUAAAGGAUUAACAAUUCAGUGUCUUAUCAGUGCUUUCAGUAGUGUGCAUGUACUGUCGUGCAAAUACCAUGAGGUGCAAAAUUCACAGGUGAUGAAAAUGAAGGUGCUUAUUAUAAAUUCCUUGUCACUUGGAACUUUAUGUGCUCCCACAUUUCAACUUUCACGAUAAUUUCCAAGGAGUCUGUAAGUGUUUGGUAGCUUAAUUUAUAAAGGUAGUAAAACGAAGAAGGAAAUUUUUCACUUUAUAACCUUUAAGGUGGAUAACUUUUUGCUUGCAUGAUGUGCCAACUGCAGACACUCUACCAGGUUGUUUGAACAAACAAUCAUUAGCAUAAUUGAAAGUGCAGAUCUAGACAUGUAGAAGCAAGGGAACUGCAGCUUCUCCAAAAAAAGCCAAAUUUUCUGGGGCCUUACGUCGCUUACCACGUGCUGCACACCUCUACGGAGCACAUGUAAAGUUGGCCAAGGGAAAGAAAAAUGCACCAUUGCUGUAUUUUUUUCUCGGCUGCUUGCAUAAACACCUCGUUUAUAGAAUCAGGGAUGUUAGUUCCUCAUUCUUACAAAUACAAGAAUACUUAGACAAUUUAAAAAAGAAGGUUUAAUGCUUGCUAUAUGUGUUCACCUUCAACAACUUCUUACAACAACAGUUGAAGCAUGAAAGCAGUAUUAUGACCACACCAUCCAAAAGAACAGAUGUAUUAACCAAAAUCAUGAAAAUGUAGAGACUGCAGCUUAUCUAUAGUCAUGUGCAUGCUCAUUAUAGUGCUUGUAUUCUUAAAAGCUAUUUUUCUGUGCCAAGGCUGAGCUAUGUGCUCAACAGUCUAUGUCAGCUUUUUCCCCUGCUGCACAAAUACAAGGACAAUACCUUAUAUGAGCAUGGCUACAAAGAAACUUGAAAUUCGUAUUCUUUAAAGCUAUUUUUCUGUGCCAAGGCUUAGCUAUGUGCUCAACAGUCUACGUCAGCUUUUUUCCUCCACUGCACAUAUACAAGGACAAUACGGUCAAUACCUUAUAUGAGCAUGGCUACAAAAAAAAAAAAAAAAAAACGUCAAAUUGAAUGGAGCUAACAUGCAUGUUAGCUCCAUUAACAUGCAUGUUGGUUUUAAGCAGGUCUGGAUAAGCAGUGCCUCCUUUGGGCAUGCCUUGAAAAUGCCUCAAAAUAGUAAAUACCACCGAAAGUAGCUACAGUUACAUUGUGUUGGAUACAUAUUAAGGUAUUUCUGACUAUACCUGUGCUACAAAAACAGGUUAUGUACAGAGGAUGUCAUUAAAAAAAAUGCUGGAGGUAGAUCUGUGGAUGUGGG